AUGCGAUUCUCUAAGAUCAGCUGCUUGAGCGUUCUCGCUCUUACAUCUUCGGCCAUGGCCGCCGCUGACCCCGUCGUAAACGUCGAGGGAUCGGUCGAGGUUGUCCCAGAUGUCGUCGAGAAGAGACUUGCUCCUAUCGCCAUUGCGCUCAUCAAGGUCAUUGGAGGACAGCUUCUUGCAGGUGCUGCCAAGAUCGCAGUCGACGCGACCAAGGCCCACCUUGAGGUUGAAAAGGCCGAUUUCAACAACUUCGAUGAUGCUCGUGAGGCCUUCACCAAGUCGCUGAGCAAGGAUCUCUACGAGAAGAGAGUAGCUGGUGUCAAGGGUGUGGCUUGCUACAACGGCCCCUAUGCUUUCAGCUCAGGUGCCUCCUACGAGGGCCCCGUUACUGUCAAGUUCGAAUGGGACAUGUACAAUACCGACUACGACUGCUUCGAGAUUAAGUCCGGUACCGCAAUCAACAAGGGUGAUGGAGGCUUCAUCAACAUUGCCUACUACGGUCAAUGCCAGCAUGCUGGUGCUGAAUACCGCUGCUAA